AGUCUUGAUUCAGAACGCAGACAAAAUAAUUUUAAAAUCGGCGUUUAUGUUUGAUCCAACUCCCUCCCCCCUGGCAAAAAAAAAAUACUGAACCUCACAUUUUAACUCAUAUCCCCUAAAAUAUUAUGUUGAAAUAUCGUUGAUAAAAAAGAAAGUUGGAUCAAACAUAUAAUCACCUUAAAAUAUGAUGAUGGACGGGGUCAAAAUAUGGAUAAUAAAUUAAUAAAGAUAGUUAUUUUAUAGGUUGUGCUACUACAUGUACCUACUGCAUUUUCGUACAUGUACCUUGUACAUCAAGUUGGCAAUUGUUAAUGGUACGGUACUUCCUGUGGUCAUUGACAGCAAUUGGAUUUGGAUUUUUCCAUGUAUCAAGGGUUCAUUUAUGUGCACACCGUACAGGACCUAAUUCUUUUCAUCCCAACCGAACAACUAGAAACGUAACUGUUCCUUGCCUUAUAUCACGUCUAGGGAAAUCCACUCUGGAACAUCUUAGAAACAUUCUCGGUCAAUACCGAGAUCGAACAUGGGAGUGAACGCCUGGUUUAACCAGUGCGUCAUUGUGACUCCACCCCUUCAUGAUGUAAGUUUGAUGGACACAUUUCACAUAGCCUACAUGUACCAUAAUUUUUAUUUUUUUAGGAAGAAUCUGUAAGUAUAAUUAGUAAUCAAAAUGGAGAGAGAAGAAUGGGCCAGAAAUACUUUAGAAAGGGCAGCAACUCUAGGAAAUGAUGUUUAUUACAGAGCGCGACGAAGGCAGGUUGACUGGCCAGAUUGUAAACAAAAACAAAAAAUGAAAAGUCCUCCUAGUCCUAAAUUUACAUCUUUGGAAGAAGCUUUUUCAUCAAUACAGGAUUAUUUAUCUACUACAACACGGUCUUGUCAGAAAUAUUAUAGAAGUUGUGUAUGUCCGUCAAGACAGGAUAUUUCCCACUGCUGUAGAUUUCAUCAUAGUAAUGCGUAUAAAAUUGAACAGUCAUAUCCACAAGAAGAUGUUCACAUGAUCAUACCACCUGGUUCCUACUCUGUAUCAGCUAGAUCACACAUAGACGGCAUUAACCAGUCACAUAUUAUACAUAUUCGAGAAGGUCAAACAGUUGAUGUAGACUUUGUCUUAUAGUCAAACAAUCUAAGCAUUAACUUUGCUGUGAUCAAACAAGAGAAGGUCAAACAGUUGGUUUAGACUUUGUUUUAUUGUCAUAAAAUCUAGGCAUUACUUUACUGUGAUCAGACAGUCUUUCAAAAAGUCUUGUUGUUACUGGUAAACAGCACUGACCCCAGUAAUUGAAAAGGGGAGAUCGUUUUUUUUUUGUUAGAAUAUUUUGUAAAAAAUCAUAAGACUUUAAAGAAAUCUUUAUUUCAAGAUAAAAAUAAUUUAAUCAUAACUAAUCCACCAUUAAGGCAUGGUUUUCUUUUAACAUUAGGUUAAAUCAACGACUUAUUUAUCUAAAAACAUUUCCUGAAAAUUACAAUAAUAAUUUGAUUUGUCAGGGUUUGGUACAAGACGCAGCUAACUACUCCAUACUUGUUCACACGCUUAAUUAAUCGCUCAAAUUUUUGAAAGAUAAUAAGAAAAAAUAAUGCAGUAUAUCUGAAUUUGGCCAUGAUGCACACAGCAUGAUUAGCUUUAGGUCUAUUGGUUGCUUGAGUUAUUUUUGCACCACCUAUAGAACUGUUUUCAAGCUGAUUUCCUUUUUUGAGUCUGGGUAAUCAUGACUGAAGAGAUAUAGAAAAUUUUGUUGUCCUUUCUAUAACUACUCUUGAUCAUUUGCCAUCUUUUCCGCAUUUUGGUUCCAUUUUCUUUUUGCAAAUUUACAAUUGGAGUUUUAUCCUAAAUCCCUUGAACAUUUUCAAUAAUGUCCAGAAGUAAUGGCUACUCGUUCAAAUCGUUUAAUCGCCUCACUCUGCAAGUAAACACACCAAUAGUUUUCUUGUAGCAAAUCCUGAUAUAUUCUUAAAAAAUGUUGAUACUUCAAAGUUCAAAUUAUGAUAGAAUGUGCUAUUAUAACUAUUACUUUAAAACUCGCUUUAUUUCGGUCUCAAAGUGAACAAUCCCAUGACCCAAUAUUCAAAAUUGAGUUUUCUCCCUUGCAACACUAUCGUCAGUGCUCAAAGUACCCAAAAAUGAGACAUUUCAUUCUAUACCAUUCAUUUUUUUCUGUGUGUAUUUGAUUAAAACUUUAUUUCCUUAGGUUUUAGCUAGUGUACAAAAUAUUGAAUAUUUUAUAUUCUAUAAGUUUCACAUUAGUGGUGCUACAUUUUAACUGGUGCUUUUUAAGUAAUUCACCCUUUACCUGAAUCCUCUGUCUUGGUUAAGCCUAUAUCAGCUUUAACUCCUAAUUGCAUAACUUAUUGAUAUCAAGUAGCCGGAACCUCCUACGUUUUCUCAUUUAAACAUGGAAUUUCAAGAUUCCAGAAGUUUAUCCAAGUAUCAUAUUUAUAAGAAAUUUUUUUAUUAAAAAAAUCAGAGCUGAUUGUUUUAUUUGGUAAUUUGAAGUCCACGUUCUAAAGAAAAAAAAUUAGUUAUUUCUAUUAGUUAAGAUUUAUUUUAGGACUAAAGAGUAAGUUAAUCUAGUCAUUGUGUUGGGUAAAAUUUUCAAAGUUAAUAACAAAUUGUUUUAUAUUUUCUUUUUAUAAGUGAUGUAUUAACUUUAUU